AUGCCACCAGGGCCACCAGGCCUACCAGCCCUAGGAAACUUGCGGCAGAUGAUGCAAGCCCGCCGAGGCGGACCCCUUUCGUUCAACAAGUGGCUAUCCUCCUUGAUACCGUAUGGUGAAAUGGUGACGCUUCAUAUGGGAUCCAAGACUUGGAUUGUGCUCAACUCGGACCGCGUCGUCUCGGAGCUCAUAGCCAAGCGAGGGAAGAUUACCAACGAGAGACCCCAGAUGCCCAUCGCGAGUGAUCUUGUGAGCAAUGGAAAGCGCACAGUCAUAAGGCAAGAAGAAGAAUGGCGAGAGGGACGCCGUGUGAUGCAUCAGCUGCUCAGCGGCUCGAAUCUCAAGGUCUACGCUGGCAUGCAGGAGCUCGAGAGCGUAGACAUGCUGCGCCGAUAUGUUCGGGAGCCCGACCUGUGGUUUUCUCACAACUUUCGAUAUGCCACGUCCGUUCUUUAUAGAAUCGUCAUGGGCUACCCAUUAAACAAGACCAGAGCGGCGCUGGAUGACUAUCAGAGGGUGACAAUCGAGUUUGUCACGAGCAUCAACCGUAGUUACGUGGAUUUCUUCCCUUCGCUUAGCAAGCUCCCCCAUCUCCUACAACCUUGGCGGCAUUACUGGGCUCAGAUGGGCUCGUUCCAUCGCCGUGUCUUUCAGCAAUGGUGGGACCCCAUCAGAGCGGCCGUGGAUAAGGGCUCGGCGCCGCCCUCGUUUGUCCGCGACAUUCUUCUUCAUCCGGAUACAAGGUAUUCUGGUGAUGAUGAAGAGGCCAUGUAUCUGGCUACGUCUGUCAUGGCAGCUGGCGGUGACAACACACGCAUGACGAUCAACACGUUCAUUAUGGCCAUGAUCACGCACCCAGAAGCCCAGGUACGGGCACGCGAAGAGAUCGAUCGAGUGUGCACGAGCGGUCGCUCGCUCAGGCUUCCCCGGAUGUCCGAUCUGUUGGAAAUGCCUUACGUAGCCGCUAUGAUCAAAGAGACCUUACGUUGGCGACCGACCGUCCCCAUCGUUCCACCCCACCAAGUCACCGAGAACCUUGAGUUUGAUGGGCACUUCAUCCCUGCCGGCACAAUCUUCCUGAUCAAUUCGAUAGCGCUGUCGAGCGAGUUUGACAAUGCCCAUGAGUUCCAGCCAGAGAGAUGGAUUGAUGGCUCGGAAGCCAGAACGACAAAUAACUUCUGGGGGUUCGGGGGCGGCCGUCGGAUCUGCGUCGGCUGGAAGGUUGCGGAGCAAGCUUUAUUCAUUGCAUUUGCUCGUUUGCUUUACUGUUUCGAAUUGAGUCCGCGCGGGCCUAUCGACAACGAGAGACUCAAUCACCAAACUGUCAACGAGCCAUUCCCUGUCAAGGCCACCGUUCGCAGCGCCGAACACGCAUUGCUCGUCGAGGAGGAAGCAUCCAAGUACGAAGCUUCAUUCUCUAAAUUCGGGUCGACGGCCAAGUGA